AUGCCUCUGAGUAUGAGCAAGCUGGUUUUCCUACUGGGAGUGAUCAGUCUGGAGCAAAGUAAUUCUGCAACUUAUUCUCUCCCCAAAGCUCCCCACUGUGGGCAGAAUGUGGUUAAGGCGCAGUCUUGGAAUUAUUUAAGCAUGUUCAGUCGCAUUGUUGGGGGAAACCAAGUGGAAAAGGGUUCCUAUCCUUGGCAGGUGUCUCUGAAAAAAAGGAAGAAGCACAUCUGUGGAGGAACCAUCAUCGCUCCCCAGUGGGUGAUCACAGCUGCUCACUGCGUCGCAAAGAGAACCUUUGCAGCAACAUUGAAUGUCACUGCUGGGGAACAUGACUUGAGCCAGACAGAGCCAGGAGAGCAAGUUCUUACCAUUGAAGCCAUCAUCGUACACCCACAAUUCUCCACCAAAAAACCAAUGGACUAUGACAUCGCACUUUUGAAGAUGGCUGGAACCUUCCAAUUUGGUCAGUUUGUGGGACCUGUGUGUCUUCCGGAGCCAGGAGAACAAUUUAAGGCUGGAUUUAUUUGUACUACUACAGGCUGGGGCCGCUUGACUGAAGGGGGCAUCUUUCCACAAGUCUUGCAGGAAGUCAACCUGCCUAUUUUGACCCAGAAGGAGUGUGCAGCAGCUUUACUAACCAUAAAGAAGCCCUUCAGUGGGAAGACCUUUCUCUGCACAGGCUCCCCGGAGGGAGGGAAAGAUGCAUGUCAGGGAGACUCAGGAGGUUCACUCAUGUGCCGGAAUAAGCAAGGAGGUUGGACUCUGGCUGGUGUGACUUCUUGGGGUUUGGGCUGUGGUCGAGGCUGGAGAGACAAUAGGCAAAGACAAGAGCAAGGAUCUCCUGGGAUCUUCACAGAUAUUAGUAAAGUGCUUCCCUGGAUCCAUGAACACAUCCAAACUGGUAAUGAAAGAAACAGUUCCAGGGCCUCGUGCACUGAGUGGGAGGGUGUAGUCAGCCAGUCCGAGGGGCAGCUGUACUUCCCAGAAAGCGUCCGCCUGCGUUAUGACAGCGGACAAGUGUGUGUCUGGACCCUGCUGGUUCCAGAAGAAAUGCACGUGUUGCUAAGUUUCUCCCGCCUGGAUGUGGAGGCCUGUCACCAAAAUUAUCUGGCAAUGUAUUCUUUAGAAGACAGGCUCCUUGGAAAAUUCUGUGGCGAGAACCUUGCUUCCUCCAUUCUUGUGGGCUCCAAUUCGAUAAGGCUUAAGUUCUUCUCUGAUGCCACAGAUUAUGCCACUGGGUUUAAUCUCACCUACAAAGCUCUUCAGCCAAAAUACCUUCCUGAUUCAGGCUGCAGUUCCUUGACUGUCCUUUUUGAAGAAGCCGUCAUCCAAAGUCUUCAUUAUCCUGAACACUACAGCGACAUGAGUAACUGUAACUGGAUUUUUCAGGCCCCAACACAUUACAUAAUUAAGCUGUCAUUUCAGAGUUUGGAGAUAGAAGAAAAUGGAGACUGCAGUUCUGAUUCUGUGACUGUGCACAGCGAUGUAGAAAGGAAAAAGGAAAUAGCUCGGUUGUGCGGCCUCGAAGUGCCUGCCCCUGUGCUGAGUCCCUCUGGUGUCAUGCUCAUCAGCUUCCAGUCAGAUGAAAAUGGGACCCUGAGAGGCUUCCAGGCGACGGCUUCCUUCAUUCCUGUAGCAGAUUUAAAUAUCUCCAUGUCAGAGGAUGAAUCAGUCUUUGUGGGGUCAUGA